AUGCGGGCCGCAGUACGAGGACUCUCGGCCUUGGCGUGGCUUCAAGCAGUGCUAGCGGCGCCGAAGACGGGGAAGGGUUCAGGAAGCAGCAUGGAGGACUUGCAAGCGUUUGCAGACAAAUUCAAAGGUACAGAAAAUGAUCCGCAAGCAGCCGCGUCGGCGCUGAACAGUCUGGACCCGACCACUUUAGGCAACUCCAUGGCAGACUUGAUGGUGAACGCGAUGGACAAGGAUGGAGACGGAAUCCUCACUGAGACAGAGAUUGCCAGUGUCUCGGCGCCGCCGGGUGCUGAUGGAGACACACUCCAAAAAGCAAAGGACAUGUUCAAGCAGAUGGACAAAAAUGGCGACGAGCAGGUCACCAGAAAAGAGGCGCAAGCUUACUUCCAGCAGCUUGGCAACACCCUGAAAGGAAUGACCGGCAUGAUGGGCGGACAAGCUUCAUCAGAGCUGUGA